CUCAAACUGAACUUGAAGCUGAGAAUGUAGGGCUUGGGGUGUUGAGGCGGCGAAACGCCAAGGUUGAGGAAAUACUUGCUAAACUUAGGAGAGAGAAUUCUGAACUCGAGGUCGAACUUUGCGAAGCUAAAAACGAAAACGAGAAGCUUAGGAGGAAACUUGAGAGCAGAAUCGAGGAAUUGGAGAAGAGUAGAGCGAAUACUGAUGCUGAGAACACUAAACUCAAGUCUAGGGUUGGUGAGCUUGACUCUAGACUCGCGAAAAUAGAAUAAGAUUCUUCGGUAGUAGACGAGCAGCCGCAGAACGAACAAAUCAAGGAAGUGGUAUCGGAGGCUGUUGAUGUAUCUGACUCCUUAGUAGAUCCGUCCAGUAAUGCCGCGGAAGUCAAGCCUGAUGAAAGAGUUACUUCGUCUGAACAAGAAUCCAGGCAUGUGCAAAGUAACAACUCAUCUAACAACAGUUCAUCAAAUUCUAAUUCAAUUACAGAGCCAAAAGUAUCAACCAAAGGAGAAAUAGAUGUCGAGGAUUUCUUGAACGAGAAGCUUAAGCUGAGGAAACAGGAAAAUUUUAGUGAAGAGAUUAAACAACGCAAUGAACGAAAGGGGUUAAUUCAGAAAUGUCUUACUAGAGGUAUCGAAUCAUG